AUGUCAGUAAGUCGAAAUCGUCGUAUCUCCCUUGGAAGCCCGAAGGAUCUAAAAGAGGUGAAGUUCUUUGAAGAGGAGCCGAUGCCCGAAGUGCCACCAGAUGGAGCUCGAAUUCGAGUUUGCUACGCGGGUGUCUGUCUCACGGAUCGCGAGGUCACCAACACAAAACAGGCUCGGAUCACUAACGGGAUCAAAGACACGAGUUUAUUCCCAGGAUACGAAGUCUCCGGAAAAAUCGAAGCUUUCGGAGAUCGUUGUAAACCGGAUGAUUUCGGUCUCAGGCUAGAAGAUAAGGUCAUUGUAUGGCCAACUGAUGAGAUGGCUGCCCAUGGCUACUCGGAUUUCGUCGUUGUUCCAACUCUAAAUUAUCUUGUAAAGAUUCCGGAAUCGAUGAGUAUGCAUGUGGCUUCUAUUUUACCUGCAGGUGCUACUUGGGCUCUUUCUGCCGUUCUUCAGGCCCGUCCGAUUGUUGAAGCUUUUUCUCAUUCAAAAGGUUUCUGUAAUAUUCUAAUUGUUGGUGCCGGCGGAUUGGGGUUGUGGCUUCUAAAAUUGGCGAAGCACUUUCUGACUAUGAACAAUGAAAAGAAAAUUAAAAUAAUGGUCGCUGAUGCAAAAGAAGAGCGUCUCUGUCUCGCAGAAAGAAAUGGAGCCGAUUUUGUGGUUCAUUGGGAUGAUAAUGAGUUCGAAGAAUAUUUGAUCAUGCGCACCAAGGAUGUAGCAAGAACUGGAGUUCAGGUUGUUUUUGAUUUCGUCACAAGCCCGAGAACAGUCACAAGAUCAUUGAAAUGUCUCGCAGAGAGUGGAGUUCUAUUCGUUGGUGGGCUUUCUGGGUUAGACGUGCAACUUCCAAUAAAACUUGUUGCAAGAAAUCGUCUAGCAAUUAUGGGUGUCACUCGUGGAAAUAUUGAACAACUAAAGAAUUUGGUAAAUUUGAUAGCGGGCGGACAGAUUGAAGCGCCCGAUUAUGUUGUCUAUCCAGCUAAUCAAGCAUCAAUGGUUCUCAAACAGCUCUCGAUGUCGGAAGUAGAAGGAAGAGCAAUUCUAGAAGUUUGUGAUCCAGUAACGUCAGGAAAGCAGCAAGAA